AUGACUGCGUUGGCGGGGUCAAUACCCAGGAUGAUGCGACCCACGCUGGCUCAGAACUACCCCCGCAGUGGCUUCCCACUGGAAGUGUCUACCCCGUUGGGUCAAGGCCGAGUGAACCAGCUCGGAGGAGUUUUCAUAAACGGGAGACCUUUGCCUAACCACAUCCGACAUAAGAUCGUGGAGAUGGCCCACCAUGGCAUCAGGCCGUGCGUCAUCUCCCGGCAGCUCCGGGUCUCCCACGGCUGCGUGUCCAAAAUCUUGUGCCGGUACCAGGAGACGGGCUCCAUCAGACCCGGGGCCAUCGGAGGCAGCAAACCCAAGCAGGGAACAACGCCGGACGUAGAGAAGAGAAUUGAAGAAUACAAGCGGGAAAACCCGGGUAUGUUUAGCUGGGAGAUUCGGGAUAAAUUACUGAAGGAUGGGAUAUGUGACCGCAACAACGUGCCUUCAGUGAGCUCCAUCAGUCGCAUCAUGCGGAGUAAGUUCGGGGGAAAAGGCGACGAAGAGGAGGAUGAAGAUGAAAUCGAGAAGAAGGAGUUGGAGGACAACGACCGCAGGGCCAAACACAGCAUCGAGGGCAUCCUGGGAGACAGAUCGAGUCACUCGGAUGAGGGUUCGGACGUGGAGUCGGAGCCCGAUCUGCCGCUGAAGAGGAAGCAGCGGCGCAGUCGGACCACCUUCACAGCGGAGCAGCUGGAGGAGCUGGAGAGGGCCUUCGAGAGAACACACUACCCCGACAUCUACACCAGGGAGGAGCUCGCCCAGAGGGCCAAACUCACAGAGGCCAGGGUGCAGGUGUGGUUCAGCAACAGGCGGGCGAGAUGGAGGAAGCAAGCAGGAGCCAAUCAACUGAUGGCAUUUAAUCACCUGAUCCCAGGGGGUUUCCCACCUUCAGCCAUGUCCAGCAUCCCUCCCUACCAGCUCUCUGACAGCGCCUACCCCCCCCCAUCUAUAGCACAAGAGCCUCCCAGCACAGUGCACCGGCCCCAGCCUCUGCCUCCCUCCUCGGGUCACCAGGCCUCCGGCGCCGGAGGACAGGGUGAAGGAGCCUCCGCCUACUGCCUCGCCUCCGGACGCCAUUCCUUCUCAGGCUACUCGGACAGCUUUGUUAGCCCCGGAGGACCGGCCAAUCCCAUGAACCCCACCAUCGGGAACGGGCUCUCUCCACAGGUGAUGGGUCUGCUGAACCCGGGCGGCGUGCCACAUCAGCCCCAGAGCGACUACGCCAUCUCCCCUCUGACGGGCGGCCUCGAGCCCCCUGCCGGCAUGGCCGCCAGCUGCAGCCAGCGCAUGGAUCACAUCAAGGGCCUGGAGGGUCUGACCAGCGUUCCCUCCAUGUCGGCUCUGCCCUCCCUGCCCAGCUCCCAGUCCUACUGCCCCCCCUCCUACAGCUCACCUGGCUACACUGUUGACCACGUGGCGUCCUACCAGUACGGCCAGUACGGACAAAGUGCCCUUCCUUAUCUGAGGCCUGAAAUCACCUGA